AUGGCAAACAAAGAGUGGAACCUGAUGUUCAGUAAUGCAACCUAUAGUGUACUAGCAGCAGUAAAGUUAGAUCACUCCCCAUUACAUGUUACAAAACAGAAGCCAAGCAGUGGUAGGAAGAGGAAGGGGUAUUGCUUUAGGUAUGAAGCAGCCUGGUAUUUAAGUGAAGAAUGCCAAAGAGUUGUUGCAGAGGGAUGGAAGAGCCUUAACUUUGGUGGGAAUGGUGCUGGUAUUAUGAGACAUAAGCUAGAGUCAUGCCAAAAGGGUCUACAGAAGUGGCAGCAAGGAAAUAAGCUAGCCAACCACAAGGCCACCAAACAAGCUUUAGACCAAAUUAGACACAUCCAACAAACUGGUACUGGAUCACAUAUCCCUUCCAUGAUUCAAUUACAGAAAAAAGUAGAAAAUUCAAUGGCUGCUGAGGAGCUAAAGUGGCGUCAGAGAGGCAAGCAGCACUGGUUACAGUUUGGGGAUAGAAACACACGCUAUUUUCACCUACAUGCAUCUCAAAGAAGAAGGACAAACACUAUAGGAGCUAAAGUGGCGUCAGAGAGGCAAGCAGCACUGGUUACAGUUUGGGGAUAG